AAUACUAGUGGUUAUCUCAGUUCUCUCGAGCGGCUCUUCUUCUCUCUCGUGUGCGGUCACCGUUUCACGACGCUGCCCCCACAUAUUUUGAACUCUCAACACCACUCUACUAGCUUCUCUCUCCUCUCUCUCUCUCUCAACGUCGUCGGCGGCUUGGAUUUCUCUCUGGUCUGAUCAACCCGAAGCUCCCACCUCCGGCACACGGUUUCUCUCUGCUCUCUCGAAAAAUAUGUCUGUUCGCUAUAAUCUUCGAAGCGGCGGUGUUGCCCAAACGGCCCCAACCGCUGUUAACAAUACUUCGAGCUCUGGACAGCUCGACAGUAAUGGUGAGUCCUUCGUUACUAUCCCGUCUGCUAGUCGUGCACCUACACCCGGUGUACGCACGCCCGGUAACACUGUCAGUAAUGACGACCGCGGUGUUCCCUCGUUGCAAGUUGAGCACGAGGCGGCCCAUGUCGAACAAGACUUGGGUACGGGUAUUAGUACUCAUGGACAACGUCUUGGCGAUCUGCCAGACGACGAGCGCGUGAAUAAUGAUUCCCGCUCUUGGAAUACUGUACCUACCCGUCGUAGGAGUAGAUCUAUGGAUGAAUCAAACCUUUCGUCCCGUUAUCAUGCGCGCAGUGAAAUUAAGAACCGAUUUGCCUUGACUGAAGAGCAGCUUUCGGCUGUUCGUCAAGCAGAAGCAAGUAUGUCGGACAACGACUGA